AUGCUGUUCACACUUAUGUACUUCGCUAUCACCAUUCGUACCUCGUUAAGAUUUAGAUCAAUAAGAAAUAGCAUCAAGCAAAUACUGACCGAUCGCUACGCUGUCAGCUUUUACACUACUUCUAAUGGUGACUCGACGGCGGAACUCAAUUCUCCCGAUGCAUCGUGUGAGGCUACCGUGUCCUCCUGUAUUUGGUAUUUACCCGAUCAGCGAGGUUGUCUAGUUUAUCCAGUUCGACGGAUAAUACUGUCCGAUUGGUUUAGCGUUCCGGAAGAACUAAAAACACAGUUUGAAUGUCUUGCCGUCAAUCGGAGUGAUGAAUUCGUUCAACUGAUCGUGACACUGGAAGGAGCGGUCUGUCCAACGCAACCAGAGCGAGAAGAAGGCUCCGCCGUGAUGUUGAGUCAAUUUGGGCGGUUUUUAGCAUGGAGAAAUCGAAGGGGUCGAAGUAUGGAAGUUUUGCUUGAAACCGAUGCCACAAGAUUGUUUCAGCUGAUUGUAGCAACGUUUGGAAGUGGACGAUUUGAUGUCGAUUCUGGACGAUUGAAACUGGUCCAAUUAGAGAGUGUUGAAACUUUGGGCGAGCAGAUGUCUUUCGAAGAGUGUAAUACCUCGAGCGACUUGUUAUUGAAGUUUAGCGAAAGAAGCCUUUGGACGGAUGCUUGGCUUGCGGAUCUUCUUGAGCUUGAGCGGUUUGAUACCGAACGUCGUCCCAUGAGCUACCCUACGGUUGGAGUACAACCGGAUAUAAUCUCAUCUAAUGACAUUAAGAUUUCUCUGGAGACGAUAGAUGGCACUGUACUUUCCAGCCAAAGUCGCGCCGAUUUACUCUCGAGCGGCAGCAAUUCCCGCAACCGGUCCCAAUUGGACCUUACUGAUGGUUUAACUCCUGUAAACGGCCAUACUGGCUACACCAUGGACGAACCUGAAGGCGCUACUAUAUCUAGAAGCACAACGGAAGAAUUGGCGGAAAGGCACACUGAGAAAGACUCAUCUAUAGACGGUACUACCGUUACCAAGGUGUUGAACAAUGAUGAAGGAGACCAAACGGAUGUAGCUGAUCCACCAUUGCUAGAUGUAUUCGAUGCCAAAGACACACCGACACCAACUGUUGAACCACCGAACGCGACUGUAGAAACAAGUUCCAACGGAGCGGCAAAACAUCACGAUGAACCAUUUAAAGCCAAAACGAAUCCACCACUGUUACCAAGUCCGGUGACGGCAAAGAACGAAGCGACCGUAGUACCAACAUCGAAGUCAAUACGCUCGUUGCGUAAAAGUUCAUUCCCAUCUAGUCGGCUAAGGCUGGGAACCGGUCAAGCAGGCGUUGUAUCGAAACCACCGAACAUUCUAGUCCAUUCUGAUAGCAGUUCAACAAUGGAAUACGUUAUCGCAACCUUAAACAACCUGCUUGAACCGAACACGUACACCAUUUAUCCGAUCACAACGGGACAAGCAAUGGCAAGCAGCUGGCAACAAAGCACGGUACUGAUCAUUGUGGCCGGAUCACUCGAUACGGAAGUGCGAAAGAUUUUGCUGGAUUAUUUUUUGCAUGGAGGACUUGUUUUUAGCUUGUGCUCGGAUAUGCUCGACAUUAUACUGCCUGAUUCAAAAACAGCAGAGAUCCGUGAACGUGAGCUGGUUAGUUUUUCGUAUCGCAAAUGGAAACAAAUUAAGAUGCUGCAUCAUAUUUUCUGCUAUCAGCUGUCACCGGCCAAGAAGCAGUUUUCGCUAGAAUCGGAAGAAACAUCCACCUUGCUGCCAAUAUCGUAUGUGGAUGUUACCGAUCGUAAAGGAAAACCACAUUCUCUUGCAGUGGAGAUUUUGGCACAGGAAGAAACGUGGAAUACACCCAGCAUUCUGGAGGCACACAACAGGAAAACGGGCGGGAGAGCCAUAUUUUCUCAGAUACAUCUUGAGCUGGACCCUUCCCAAUUCCAAUCCAACAUCGAUGGUGCGGACAAUUCACUGCAAAAUUCGAACCAACUGCGUUACGAAAUAUUAAGCGACCUCUUGGGAAGUCGAAUUGGGCUAAAGUUGCGUGAAAAAACUGGAGCUUCGGAUGAGACGAUCGUCUACAAAAAUUCCUACUUCCUAGGAAAACAUGAGGCAAAAGUAGCGAUGCUUGAAUCGCUGAAUAGUACAAUGAGCCGUCCAAAUGUAAUUCAAACAACGGAACUUACGCUGCAGUUUUGUGGAAAAGGAGAUAGUACACCUGUCCCAGCAUCCGAUUCACAUCUCCCAGUGAUGAUAUUUCACUGUCCCGAAGAUUUUUCCACCGUGGAGUACUUUGAGAAUUUAACUACGCAGAAGGUCGGCCGUAUUGGAAUUUAUGCCCCAAUCAUGACCAGUUCCAUGCAGAUCGUGUCCAACUUGACUUUGGCGCACGGUUUCAUGGUGAUUGCACGCUAUCAAACGAAGGGAAAGGGUCGGAACAAUAACCAGUGGCUAAGUCCUCCUGGUUGUGCCAUGUUUUCUCUGCAACUACACAUCCCAAUGAACAGCAUGCUUGGUCAACGGUUGCCGAUAGUGCAGCAUCUUGUGGCCAUUUCGGUAGUGUCAGCUGUUCUAUCACUUCCCGGGUAUGAGAAACUAGAUUUAGGAUUGAAGUGGCCUAACGAUAUCUACGCGUACGGUGCAUCAAAGCUUGGCGGAAGCAUCUUCAACACGCAGGUCGACGCAACUGUUGCGAUUGUGAAUGUUGGCGUUGGGCUUAAUUUAAACAACAGCAAACCAACACUCUGCUUAAACGAUGUUAUUACACAGUACAAUAACAAACAUUCCACCACGCUUCCAUUGCUAUCAUACGAAAAAACGUUUGCCCUUAUCUUUAACAAGCUGGAAGAGAUGUACGACCGAGUGCAGUGCGAGGGAAUUGAAGUGCUGCAGCAGGAAUACUAUCGGCAUUGGUUGCAUCAGGAUGCGGAAAUUAGCAUGAUCGGAUCGGAAGGUGAGUCGUUGCAGGGCACAAUCGUAGGCAUCGAUGAGUACGGCUUUCUGUUAGUGAAGAAACAACCGUCCGGCGAUACCGUGUCCGUGCAUCCGGACGGUAACAGCUUCGACAUGAUGCAGGGAUUGAUAGUUCCCAAGUUCAAUUAGGCACCAAUAUGUUAUUUCCUUCCGGAAAAGUCGAUGUAGAUGUAUUGACCAACCAUUGCCAUUCCCUGUAUGCCGCUGCUAACUUAUUUUUCCAAUGAAAGACAAAUGGAAUAUGUGCUUAAGAAGCAAAGUUACACUCAAUUUAGAAUUAACUUGUUGGAUAUUGACAAUGUUUGGGCUUAGUUAGAUAUUAGACUAUUUAAUGUGAGGGCAAUUGAUGAAUGGGAAAUCGUUUUACUGCUAGAAUAACUAUCUAUGUACUGCCACCAGUAGCUUGAUAAUGUUAAGGCGUGUUUUCACAACAUCUACAUGUGUCUUUCGAUUUCCUUCUUCGAUUUAAAUUCCAUCACUGAGUGGAAAGUAUGUACCUUAACCAUAUAUGAAGUGUUUACCUACCUUACAUCGGUUUUUACAACUAUCCUUCAUCUAAAGAAAGUUCUUAUUGUGCUAAACACGAACAACUUAUGUACGUCAAUAUAGCUGUAUUUAUGGAAUGUCUUUCACUCUUCAAAGAUUAGAUAGUAGAUAAAGAAGAAACUAUAUUUAAAUGCAGGUGUGAAGUAUAAUGAUUGUUAACACUAGAUGUAUUUUACUGCCUGAUGGGUUUGUUGGUUAGAGGUGCACGUGGUGACUGUUUGCUUCCGUUUUUUAUUAGUUCCUAUGAUCGCAACUCCACUGUUACAACGAAUUGCAAUGCAAUUUUAGAUUACCCCUAACUAUGUAAUGAAAGUCAAUCGUAUACAAAAUGAGAUCAAGCUGAAGCAAGGAAGGACGCGCGUUGGAAAUUAACUAAUUACUUAAAACUAAAAGAAUAACAAAAUUAAUCAUUCAUAUCAUUGAAAGCACCAAUUACAAUUUUCUCGGCGUAUCUAAAACUACAAAAGUUAAUCAAACAUUAAUACAAGAGCAUGCAUUUUGAUCAGCUUGACUGGAAGUGAACCGUAAACUAAUAUUAAAUCCAAUUCAUGUACCGGUGUGUUACUCCAAAUUAUGCCUGUUAGGCCGCACGUGGAAAGUAAUUUCAUUUCAUCUUCUGAAUCUUGAUCGAUGUUCAGCAGUUAGCACAAAAGUAAAAUAAACAAACUAUGUGUCCAGAAUAACA